AUGGCCACCUAUGCCAAGAAAGGAGCCAACCAACUGGGCCAGUUGUCUUGCUUCAAGAACCUCUGUAUUUUUUUUAAAACUUUUUGUGGAAAAGGUAAUAAAGGGCAUCUCUCUGGCAGUACAGGUCCUUACACUCUCCCUGUGUGUCUCCUACUCAUACCUGGCAAAAUUGAGGAAGGCAAGAACUUCGUGCUCAAAGCCAGGGGAAAGGAUACCAAAUAUGUUAAGAUCAAGAAAAAUAAAGAUAACGUGAAAUUUGAAGUUUAGUACAACAGAUACCUUUACAUCGGGCAAAGGGAAAAGGCAGGGAGCCUGAAGCAGUCCCUGUCCCUGUGUUUCACAGUGAAGCAACUGAAAUGAACCAGACAUGCCGAUUUACCUGUUUUAAAGUUUUUAAAAUUCGAACAAACAAACAAGCAAAUAGAUACUUUUUUUUAGGAGGUGGGAAGGAUACUUGUUUUCCAGUUGCUCCAAUCGGACAAUUGCAGUGAUGUCCAGUUUGGAUAAUAUCGCUGGGUUACUUGGAAUAGUAGGUUCUGGAUUUGAUCAGGAAAUUCACCGGGCUUGUGACCUUUCAAUAGUGGAAUCUGUUGACACAAAAAAUCCUCAGCCCGUUGGGUGAUUCAAGUGCACUUUCAUAAUUUGCUCUCAUUUUACCCUCUUUGUUAUUUCCACGUUCCGCAAGAAUCCAUCACUCCCCUCUGAAUUAUGUGCUGCGCAGAACUGAUGCUCAUACCACCCACUCAGAGAGGGCAACCUCAGCUCCUUGAACUCACAGAACCUAUUGUUCCGUCCCUUUCUUACCCGGCACUGUCACUGCAGCCCUAUACUCCAGCUGGGAGGGCAUGGAAAUGACUCCCCAGAGAGCCAUUCAUCACAGUAAUAAAUGGCCUGUGUUUUACUAAGUUCCAUCAAAGUUCACUUCCACACCAAAGCAAAACAUUUGUUCUCUAUGCAUUCCUUUUCUGUGUGUGUCAAAAUAUCCUGUUCACAAAUGUGUAAAAGCUAUUUGUAUAUGUGUGAUAGUAAACUUGAAGCUGUGCAUGCACCUCUGUACAUAGACCGCGUGUGGAUGUGUUUGUUUUUCAGUAGAUGUGAGCAUCUGGUGAUUUACUAGGCCUUACAAGACACCUUGAUGCCUGACCGAACCACCACCUUCACAGGCUUCAUGUAGAUACUAUAACAACUUAGAUGCAUGGAUUUUAAUGAAUUAUUAUUCUCCAGUUUUCUGCCUAGCCUCCCAGGUGUGUUGAUUUUAAUUGCUUUACUCAUUUAAACAUCUCUAAAGGUUGUCAUAGGUUAUUCAGCAGUGCAACCCUGUGGCUGGCUUUCUCCUCUCCCUCUUUUACGCAAAAAUUAACCAGAAUACCCACAUACCCAAAUUAACCAGAAACAUUCAUGACUCAGUCAUGAGGUUGGGAUUCUUCUCUGUGGAGUCCAGGAAGACAUAAAAGGCAACCUGUCUUUAUGUUAACAUCAACUGUGUUCAUCGUCUUCUUUCUCCUAUAUGCUCUCUGCUGACUUACUUUAGAAAAGAAGCAAACAUUACCCUAGCUCCUCAGAGCAUGCAGCCCUGUUAUUGAGCAAUCUUAGAACAAUUUACUCUGUAAGCCACCCAAAACAACACACACGCACACACACACACACACACACACACACACACUAUGUCAAUGUCAAAACAACAGUUUGGAUAUCUUUCCUUGUUUUUAAACCUCAUUUGCUCAAUAGCAUAUUUAAUAAAAUAUACACCAACCUAUUUUGUCCAGCACUAUUUAAUGCAAUAACUUACAAAAAGGCCUAAACAUUUAGCCACAGAUGUCAUCAAAUGAGAGGUUUUGUAAUAAUACUCUGUAAUUUAACAUUUAGAUUUUAAGAUAUGCCUUAUUAAGAAAAACAAAAGGGCUUAUUAACUCAUUUGCUUUCCUUAUUAACUCUAUUUUUUAAUUUACUAAGCAAACGUACAAUUAGAAUGGCAAUUUGUUAGGGUCAUACAUUAGCUGAAAAGAAAAGGAAAAAACAAAAGCUAUAGCAGAAGCUAGGAAUUACCAAAGGCUUAUUUUGUUUGAGUUAGGAUAUGAUAUCUUUUAAAUAGGCUGAUGACAAUCUGUCCCUUUACACACUAAAGAUAAACAACUUAGACGUAAUCCCUGUCUGGCUACCUUAAUCUUAAUUGCAGGAAAAGACAAAGUGGAACACAGAUUAAACAAACAAACAAAAAACAGACUGUGCCAACAAGCCUAAGGAAAGAACAGUUCCAAAUUUUUUGCUGAAUUUAACUUUGCUUCAGUUAAUACAUAUAGCCUGCUAUACCAUUCCAAGAAACACUAAAACUUUGUGGGGUUUUGGUAUGGAUACUAUUAGAAGUUCAAUUGGUUUGAUCAAAAUUAUGGUUGUGUAGACCCACCCAUUCUUAGAUCAACAAUAGGUAACGGUACAGAUUAUAAGUUGACAAUUAAGCUUUUUGUAAGGGAAUCUGCGGUUUAUAGCCAAAUCUCACAUUAAGUGUCUGUCAUGUGUUACACAUGCAUUACUUUAAAUUCUAAACGUUUUGUUCACUAGUUUUAUUGACAAGUAAUUGACAUACAGGAUAUCACUGUAUAAGUUCAAGGCAUACAGCAUGAUGGUUUGAUUUAUAUAUAUUGUGAAGUGAUGACCACAAUAGAUCCAUCUUUUAUCCAGAUACAAUAAAAAGGAGAAAAGAAAAAAAUUUUCUCCUUGUGAUGAGAACUCAUAGGAUUUAUUCUUUUAACAACUCCCAUUCGUAUCACACAACAGUGUUAGCUCUAGUUCUCAUGUUAUAUAUUACAUCCCUAGUACUUAAUUGCUUUAUACCUGGAGGUUUGUACCUUUUGACCACCUCUGGUAACCACAAAUCUGAUCUUUUUCUAUGAGUUUGUUGUUUUUGUUUUUUCUUCUUUAGAUUCCACAUGAAAGUGAGAUUAUACAGUAUUUGUCUCUUUCUGUCUGACUUCACUUAGCAUAAUGCCCUCAAGGCCCAUCCGUGUUGUUGCAAAUGGUAGGAUUUCCUUCUUUUUUUUUUUUUUAUGGCUGAAUAAUAUGCCUCCCGUGUGUGUGUGUGUGUGUGUGUGUGUGU